AUUGGUGAUGGAAUCAAAUGCGGAGAAAGUCCACGCCGAAUGGAGUUAAGCUCCAAAUAAGCUAUGAUGCCAUCCAUUUCCUUUACCUCCACUUUUCUCUGCUCUUGCACCUCCCAACAUCCCUCUGCGAUAACCUAUUCUCAAUCCUCUAGAAGACCGUCUCACCCAGUCAGCGUCUCACGCAUCCCAUUAUGCUGUCCCGCUUUCCUCGAGCUCUCCCAGCGGCCAUCCGCCCGACCCUCCGCGUCGGCCGGAUCUCAACGCCAGUAGCUUCUCAUUUCCAACCCCAGGCGAAUCUGCCCCCUCGCUCAUCUCGUCGGGGCUUCCGUUGCACCCCUGCAGCUCGUAAGGGCAUCUUCCCUGACUCGUCGGACCCUCCGGCCCCCAACCCGCAAAGCAACAACGUCGCGGGCGCCGCCGGCCAUGUCACCGAGCCAUCGCCAUUAACAGACGGAGAAUACCAUGAAUACGCGGAACAUUAUCUCAAUGUGCUCCAGAGCGAGAUAGAGAAGGUGCAAGAGGAGGGCGCGGACAUAGAGGCUGAGUAUAGUGCCGGAGUAUUGAACAUCAUCCUUCCCAGUGCCGGCACCUAUGUCUUGAACAAGCAACCCCCCAACAAGCAGAUCUGGCUCAGCUCCCCUAUCUCUGGUCCCAAGCGGUACGACUGGGUUGUGGAGGGGGACCACAUGCACGAGAAGCAGGAUAGUAGGCCCUUUGCUAGUGGGCAAUGGAUCUAUCUCCGGGAUGGAUCGAAUUUGACGGACCUUUUGAACACCGAGUUGACCUUGAAUAUCCCGAAAGAUGUCUACUCUGAGGAACUGUGAUCUGCUUGCAGUGGUAUGCGACUGAGCUAUAGGAAGAUACGCCUAUGUUGCUCGGAUCAUGAAUACAUGGAGCUGUGGAGGUUGUAGGAUAUGAGAGCUCCCAUAACUGAAUCUUAGUGGAUUAAACAUUUCGGCAUCGAGUACUACACCAUAUACUUGUUGCGCAGACAUAAUACAAUAUGCAUAUUUGAAU